UGUGUGUGCGUGAGUGACUGUGAGCGCGCGCGCGCGUCUGUCUCGUGGACAGAAUCCGCACCAGCGUUCUAGUUCCACUGUUGUAACCGCCGCUUUCUGCGUACAGAGUCGGAGCCGCGGCCUGCCUGCCUGCCCGCCCGCCUGGAGGAGAGAGUCCACUGCGCGACGAGGACACAAACGGGAACUUAACGACUCGAACAAUGGCUGCUGAGGUGAAUGGCAGCUCUGCUCCAGCCAAGGAGGAAGAAGAACCCAUGGACGUCUCGGCUGCACACUCUGAGAACUACCAGACCCUCAUUGAUGCUGGCCUGCCCCAAAAAGUAGCAGAAAGCUUGGACAACAUCUUUCAGACUGGUUUGGUGGCCUAUGCUGACCUAGACGAAAGGGCAAUCGAUGCUCUGCGGGAGUUUAAUGAAGAAGGAGCGCUGUCUGUACUGCAGCAGUUUAAAGAGAGUGACUUGUCCCAUGUUCAGAAUAAGAGUGCUUUCCUGUGCGGUGUCAUGAAGACAUACAGACAGAGAGAAAAGCAAGGCAGCAAAAUACAGGAAUCCACAAAGGGUCCAGAUGAGACAAAAAUAAAGGCACUGCUGGAGAGAACAGGCUAUACCCUGGAUGUCACCACAGGCCAGAGGAAAUAUGGUGGCCCACCCCCAGAGGAGGUGUUUUCUGGCACACAGCCUGGCAUUGGAACAGAGGUGUUUGUUGGAAAGAUUCCUCGGGAUUUGUAUGAAGAUGAGUUGGUUCCGCUCUUUGAGAAGGCUGGGCCAAUAUGGGACCUGAGGUUAAUGAUGGACCCACUGUCUGGGCAGAACCGUGGCUACGCAUUCAUUACUUUCUGCAACAAAGAAGCAGCACAGGAAGCUGUCAAACUGUGUGAUAAUUAUGAGAUCAGGCCAGGGAAGUAUUUGGGUGUCUGCAUCUCCGUGGCCAACAACCGCCUGUUUGUCGGCUCAAUCCCAAAGAACAAGACCAGGGAGAGCAUCCUAGAGGACUUUGGCAAAGUGACAGAGGGUCUGCAGGAAGUGAUUCUCUACACGCAGGCAGAUGAUAAGAAGAAGAACCGGGGUUUCUGCUUCCUGGAAUACGAGGACCACAAGUCAGCAGCUCAGGCCCGUCGGCGGCUCAUGAGUGGCAAAGUGAAGGUGUGGGGGAAUCCUGUUACUGUGGAAUGGGCAGAUCCGGUUGCUGAACCUGAUCCUGAAGUCAUGGCAAAGGUCAAGGUGUUGUUUGUUCGUAAACUAGCCACUCCUGUCACAGAGGAGUUGUUGGAGAAGACUUUCUCACAGUUUGGGAAGCUGGAGCGCGUGAAGAAGCUGAAAGACUAUGCCUUUGUGCAUUUUGAGGAGCGAGAUGCUGCUGUUAAGGCUAUGGAGGAGAUGAAUGGGAAGGAGCUGGGAGGAGAGGAGAUUGAGAUCGUCCUGGCCAAGCCUCCAGACAAGAAGAGGAAAGAACGUCAAGCUGCCAGGCAGACCAGCAGAAACGCAGGGUAUGACGACUAUUAUUACUACCCUCCUCCCCGCAUGCCGCCUCCAGGGCGUGGUCGUGGCCGUGGUGGCAGGGGUGGCUACGCUUACCCUCCUGAUUACUAUGGUUAUGAAGAAUACUAUGACGACUACUACGGCUAUGAUUAUCACGAUUACCGCGGCGGCUAUGAUGACCCCUAUUACGGUUACGAUGACAUGUAUUCUAUGAGGGGGCGUGGCAGUCGUGGUAGCCGCGGUGCUCCGCCCCCUCCUAGAGCUCGCGGGGUUCCUCCGGCCCGUGGAAGGGGUGGUUACGCACCAAGGGGAGGAGCUCCCAUGGGAGCUGGGCGAGGGGGGCGUGGCGGGGGACGUGGCGGACCCUUCCAGCCACCAAGGGGGCGUGGCACUAGGGGAGCCAGGGGGAACCGUGGCGGAAACGUUGGCGGGAAGAGGAAGGCCGACGUGUUCAACCAGCCAGAUUCCAAGCGCCGCCAGACGACCAACCAGCAGAACUGGGGGUCACAGCCUAUCGCCCAGCAACCGUUACAGCAGGGUGGCGACUACUCUGGUAACUACGGUUACAGCAACGACACUCUGGAGUUCUCCCAGGAUUCCUAUGGCCAGCAGUGGAAGUAGACGACACAAACAACAACAAGAAUAUGUCAGUGACACAAAAAGGACACGCCCCAGAAUUGGCAUCACAAAUCCCGAUUGGCUGAAAGUACGUUUUGGCUGAAGACAAGAAUGUAUCCGAUCCUCCUCCUGCCCCUGAUUGGUUUGCUUACACACAUGCCUGAGUGGGACAUUUUGUCUUAAAUCGUACUCCACUUUUAUCCCUUCCAUUUGUUCUUUGUUUUAAAGCCAGCAACGAACAUUUUAAAGAAACAAGGACUUUCGACUUCUAAAACGUAACUAAAAAAAAGAAUACAAGCGAAAAAAAGGUCUGAGAGAACAUUCAAAAAAAAAAAAAUCAUGAAAUUUGUCUUGCAGAAAGCUCAUGUCCAAACAUUCAACCCACCCACCCAUUACUGGACUACCCUACCUUCCUUCUUUCUCUUCCCCUCUCCUCGCUUGCUCUCUCUUUCUCUCUGUGAUUUCUGCUAGUGGCAUAGGGACUUGCUUGUAAAUAAUGGCUGUCAGCUUUAGCUUCAUUUUCAUUUUUUUUCUUUUUUCAGAAGUGGAGAAAAGAAUCCACUGGAAGGAAAAAAGUUUUGUAGCUGGAAGUACCAUUAAACGUGUAUGUUUAGCAUUUCUAGAAGUAGUUCAAUUGUGUUUUUUAAAAACUGAUAUAACAACUUCAAACGUUUUUUUUUCCCCUUUCCUUUUUGAAAUUUGCUCGUUAGGACUUGGUUUGGCUCACCUUAAGAGCCAUGACAGUUUGUUCUCUGAUGUUUGUAUUUAUAACUUUUAUUUUUUUGUUUGUUCCGUUUCAAUAAAAACUCAUCCGAGCAACAACAAUUGGUCAAGUAACUUGAAAUUCAGUGUUUGUGAUCGAACAUUUUGUUGUUUCAUUACUUAAUCUCAAACUGUUUUAAGUAAAAUUGACUUCAAAGAUGUUUUAGAAUAAAAUUUCAUAUGCUGAAUAAUUUUA